AUGGUGAUCAGGGCCUUUCCACAUGCCAACAAUGUACUCGCAACUAAGAACUCAUGCACUGACAACACCAAUGUAGAUCAUCAGCACUGCCGUCCAUUGCAGAAUAACGGGCGCGACAUCGGCACGUACUGUAGCGAAACCUGCAAGAAGCUGUCUUCUCAGCUAUCAGACAUGAUAGGAGUAACGAACCGUUCUGAAGAUGGAUUCUCAUGGGCUCUCUUGAAGAUUCAGAAGGAUGAACCAGCCAGUUCCAUGGACAUGCCUGUCGUUCUUGAAUGCAAUGUGAAGCUUGAAGUGGCGCUUGGUGUGCUAGAUGAGUGCUUUAACCCUGUGAAAGAUCGAAGAACUAAGAUCGAUAUGCUCCACCAAGCUGUUUAUAGCCUUGGAUCAGAGUUUAAACGGCUAAGCUAUGAAGGAUUCUACACCAUGAUUCUAGAGAAGGAUGGAGAAAUAAUUUCAGCAGCCUUGCUGAGGUUCCAUGGCACAAAACUGGCAGAAAUGCCUUUCGCAGGCACACUGCCACCUUACCAGAGACAAGGAAUCAUGCGUCGCCUUCUCAAGGCUGUUGAGCAGGUGUUGACGUCAGUGCAAGUGGAGAAGCUCGUGAUACCAGCCAUAGCUGAUCUAGUGGACACUUGGAAGAGAUCUUUCUCCUUCAGACCCGUAGAGCCGCAGUUGAGGGAGGAAAUGAAGAAGCUGAGCCUGGUGGUCAUCACCGGCACCACCCUGCUUCAGAAACCCAUACCCCAACAAGCCGAGAGAAAUUCAGAGCCAUGGCGCAAGUACACGUUUGCUCCGAUCGGCACGGACCUGCAGAUGACUCGCCUGGCCGACGACGAGCUGGCGUUCCUGGAGAUGGCUCCGAUCUGCAGCUUCACCGACCUGGUCACGGGGAACGUGUCCCUGAAAUCGUCGUCGUCGUCGUCGGCCUCCAUGGCUUCAGGGAGCAGCUGCCCCGCCCCUCCCGGCGUGCAGCGUUCUUGCGGCGAGGCGAGCGUGACGAUCCAGCCUAGCUACGGCUACGCGCAGGGCAGUUCCAAUCUCAUCCAUGGCAUGAAGUGAUCCCUCUCCGGCGCGGCUUGCUCGUCCGUAGCCGCAGCUAGCUGGAUGCUGGUCAAGAAAGACUCAGCAGACGGAGACAUGCAGAAUUACAGAGGCACAGAGCUGA